AGGUGGGAGAACUUUGACACUGAGAGGGCAGAGGACAGGUUUGUGAUUUGAAGAUAGGAGAGGAUUCAGAGAGAGAGUGAGAGAUAGGUAGACAGACAGAAAGAGAGAGAGAGAACAGAAAUACUAAGCUUGACAAAGUCAGGAGUUAUAAACAACAUAACUACCCCCCAGGCAAAGGAAAAAGAACUAGAAAAGAGAAUUGAGAGGAUUGUACUGAGAGCUGAUUAUCCUGACAAGUUGUAAAACACUUUGACUGUGGGAUUGUCAUUGUGUAAAACUUCGAUCUGGAUGGGAAUUCCUGCUGUGUGUUUCAGAUUGGGAUUAUUCCAUGAAUGCCUGGAUACUGUUAUUGUUAGCUGAUGUCGCUGGGCUCUGAGGGCAUCACCGUGGCGAUGACAGCCCUUUUCCGAGGAAAAUGGGGUUUCAAGACUCAAGAGGCCCCCAAAUCUCGGAUGCCUCCGGCCCACCUGGCUAGUCCAGAUGAAGAUGAUGACGAUGAGGAUGCAUUAUCCAGAGCUCCAAUUCGCAGGAAUUCACGUUUUUACCGCUCAAUGAGAAAGAAAAAGUUAUCCUCAUCUUCAGAACAGGCAGAAAGCCCCUCCUCCUCUCCCAAACUAGCUGUGGACCCCGCCUCCUGCAAUAGGCUCAGCCCGUCUGCGGCAUAUCAAUCCCCCCUCUCUCCCAGAAUGCACCAUCCACCUUCUCACUCUGGAAUCUCGUUGCUGAGCAACGGGAGUACUGUUCUGGGAGGAACUCGGUCUCGGUCUCCGUUAGCGACUCCGGGAGAUUGGUCGCGUAGACAAGAAAUGGAAGAGCUGAGUGAACGGACAACAAGUGCCUGCACGGUGCAGGACAAUGACUCUCAUAACACUGCCGACCCUGACAACAUCACUCUCCGGUUGACGAGGAAUGGUGACAGUCCACAGAAGAUAGCGGUGCAGAGUUCCUGCCGCAAUCUCAACAUUGUGAAAAAUGUUGAUGUUCUGUAUCAAGAAUACCGUGACACCUCUAAGCAGCAGGAGAUCGAGCAGCGACGGCAAAGAGAUGGGCUUCCAACUGCAGAGUCAGGGUUCACAUCUGCGCCUGCAUUGCAGCUUCAGUUGAGGAACAGUGCACAUUCACUCAGCCUCUGGCAAAACUUGGAGGCUGUGAAGAACAGUGGACUACUGAAAACACUGGAACCAAAAGAAAUAAUAGUGCAGGAGGCCAUGUUUGAAUUGGUGACCUCCGAGGCAUCGUACUACAAAAGUCUGGAGCUGCUCGAGUCACACUUUCUACGCAAUCCUCUUCUUGUCAACACUUUAAGUCAAUCGGACAUGCACUUUCUGUUCUCAAACAUUGAGGACAUCAUGAAGGCAAGCGAGAGGUUCCUCAUGGAUUUAGAGCACAGGAUCGAAGAGUCUAUCCAGAUCUCAGAUGUGUGUGACAUUGUUCAUUUUCACACUGUUAACUACUUCCAAGCUUUCAUCAGCUAUGUCAUCAACCAGGCAUAUCAGGAGAAGAACUACCGACGGAUACUACAAGAAAAUUCUCUUUUCCGGGAGCAUAUGUCCACUCUGGAGAAUCAGUCUAAAGUGAAGGGCCUCUCGUUUACCUCCUUCCUCAUCCUCCCUUUUCAGCGAAUCACACGACUCAAACUACUUGUUCAGAAUAUUCUUAAGAAGGUGGAAGAAAAUUCAGAGAGAGAAAAGACUGCCAUAUUGGCUCAUCAAGAGUUGGAAAGGAUUGUGAAGGAGUGUAAUGAAGGCGUGCGGAAGAUGAGUCGCACUGAGGAGCUGAUCAGCAUUGAAAAAACACUUGAAUUCAAGUUAAAGUCAGUGCCUGUGAUUUCACACUCUCGCUGGCUCCUGAAGAAGGGUGAAGUCCAGCAGAUGUCUGGACCCAAGAGCACUAGGACCAUGCGCAGCCGCAAGCUAUACCACCCCAUUUACCUGUUCCUGUUUAAUAACCUGCUGCUCAUCACUAAACGCAGCUCCAGUGGAGAGAAGUACCAGGUUCUGGACUCUUGCAGUCGCUCCAUGUUGAGGACUGAAGAUCUGGAAGAUCAGGGUCAAAUGUUGGCUUAUGCUUUUGUGCUGAAACUACUGGAGAACCAGGAGGACAGACAAGUCAGCUACAUGCUCAAGACUGAAAGCAUGAGUGAUAAACUGCGCUGGAUAUAUGCUUUGACUCCAAACCGCCGUACAAGGUUCCUCUCAACCAGUGCUCACCAACCAGAUUCUCCUCAGGUACAGUGCAUUCAGUCCUAUUCCUCUCAGGAGCCUGAUGAACUUUCUAUAGAAAUGGCUGAUGUGCUUCACAUUCUGGAGUGUACCGAUGAUGGCUGGGUGUUGGGUGAAAGGUUGCAUGAUGGAGAGCGGGGUUGGUUCCCAAUCCGUGUUGUAGAGAGGAUUAUGAGCGCUGAAGUUCGGGCUCAAAACCUGAAAGAGUGUCAACGGAUUCAACAGGCUCAGGAAGGAGCGCAGGGGACCAGAGCCACCUCUAGGGGGCGCCGUGCGUCUAAGAGUCCCCAGUACACUCCAUCCUGGACUGACGUGUAGAUUAGGAGCAAGAAAUGACAUCCCAUUUGUUCGCUCAUUCCUGACCCAGUAACCAGAAAGUAAUGCCAUCUAGAUGUCACAGUUGCAUUGGAUCCAUGGGCUUUGGUCACCGAUAGUCAUUAUAUGUCCAGUGUUUAACAACUACAUGUCUGAUGUCAUACUUUUGACUUGGCAGAGUCUUGAAACAGCUCUUGCACUAUAAGCACUUGUAUUUUUGAAUCGCUUCUUCCAUUGAGUCAUAACACACUGUACACAUGAAGGAUUUCAACUUACGCAAUCAUAUACAGGGACCGGUUUCCAUAGUUCACACAUAUGAGAUGAACUGAGAGCAGGAGGGAGGGGAAACGAAAGAAAUUAAAUACUACAUCAGGACUUUUGUAAAGACAUUAUGCUUCUCUCCAAAAUGAUGUAUUAAAAGUGCAUGGUCACACCUUACUGACAAUACAGGUUUUAAUUUUUUACCUCUGAGGACAAGAAAUUGUACUGUACCAUAUUGAGCUCAUUCUCCUCCCAUCAACUUGAAGAUUAAAAAAGGAGCUAAAAACAAAGUUAAUGCAAAUAUCUCGCUUUUAAUUGGAAUUGUUUGUGAAUAUGUUGUCCUUGAACAUGGAAGGAUGCAAAGCAAAUAAAAGAAAAUUAAGGCCUUUGAGAUUUGCACAAGUUGCAUGUAAGUGUUUGACACAAGCACAAUUACACACAUACACAUCAAACAUUGUUUUACUUACACAAACACAUAUUCACGCAAAAGGCGAGUAAUCUCGCUGAACCAAGAGAGAAUGUAUCUUCCAUGAGAGAACUAAACUUGCUGUUCAGCUGGAGUAGGUGUUUUUGUAGUUUACGCUGUGUGCAUGUUCAUAUGAAAACUUGUCAUGUUUAAAUGUGUGGAAAAAAGGUAAUUGCCAAAAUAAUUGUCCCAUUUCAUUUUGUAAAAAGAUAAUUUAUUGUUAAUAAAAAAUAAAUCUUAAAUGUUGAGG